AUGGGCCAGCGCCGCCAAAAGCGCCACCACCUUGCCACCAAUUCACUGUCUCCGCCGCCCCCCGGAAAUCCUCCGCCGCCGCCGCCGCCGCCGNCCUCCAAUUGCCUCUCCAUGGUCCGCGCCCUCCUCCUCUCCUCCGCCUCCACCUCCACCUCCUCCUCCUCCGACACCACCACCACCCGCGACUCCACCGCUUCCCGCUCCGACUGCUGCUCCUCCUCCGGCCGCCCCAGCUCCGCCGCCGACGACCUAGAACUCAAGCUCCUCACCGCAGGCCCCAGAUCCAAGCCUUCGUCCACGACGUCCAAGUACUUCUCCCUCCCCAAGCUCUUCCGGAAAGAUCAUAAGCGGCACGCGCCGCCGCCGCCGCACUCCGUUGGAUCCGCAGCCGUGAAGCGCGUGAGCUCAGGUGCGAAGGAAAUGAUACGCAGGUACCUGAAGAAAGUGAAACCCCUGUACGAGAAGCUCUCACAAAAACAGAAAUCCUCUCCUCCGCCGCCGGCGGCGGCGGCGGCAUCAAGAAUCACGGCGGCGGAUGAUAAUAAGGAAAGAUGCGGGCAGGCCAGCAUCUUACAAUCUUUUUCCGGGAAUCUUAGGUUGUACCCUGUUAGAGCUCGAAGCUACGUGUCGAGCUGCCCGUCGUCAAUGGGGUCUUCGCCCAGCCACGCCAAAAGCGGGUUUGGGUACGGAUUCGGGUGCUCCAGACCGGGUCGGUUCGGAAUGUACAACACGGAAGCUUCGUCUAUGGAGGAGCUGCAGAGCUCGAUUCAGGGUGCGAUUGCCCAUUGCAAGAACUCCAUGCUUCUCAAUAAUAAGGUUAUGGUCAGUAAUGAAGUUUGA